CUCGGUGCAAACUUAAAUAAAAACUCGGUGCAAAUUUAAAUAAAAACUCGGUGCAAACUUAAAUAAAAACUCGGUGCAAACUUAAAUAAAAACUCGGUGCAAACUUAAAUAAAAACUCGGUGCAAACUUAAAUAAAAACUCGGUGCAAACAUUAAAUAAAAACUCGGUGCAAACAUUAAAUAAAAACUCGGUGCAAACUUAAAUAAAAACUCGGUGCAAACUUAAAUAAAAACUCGGUGCAAACAUUAAAAAAACUUUUGGGUGCAAACAUGCGCGCGCAGGCACAAACUGGCAAACAGUGGCGACAUUAUUGGCGACAUUGCACAUCAGCACAUGUUUCUGAGUAUUGUAUUACUGCUUUGUGGAGGAAAUGUUUUGCAGUCAAUGCGGCUGUUCUUUACUUAUUAAUGCAAAAUUUUGUCACGUUUGUGGUCAAGACUCUUCAGUCAACGAAAAGCCUUCUUCCAGUGUCGAUUGUGAUACAGGCCGCACAGUUAUCCCAACAUCAACAAAUGCGACAACGCCAGCAUCAACAAGUCAAUCGCGGACACCAGUGUCCUUUAACGAAUAUCGUCAGCGUAAAGAGAAAGAAAGAAGCUCGAGAUUCAAACCAAAAGCAAAGAAAGCGAAGAUAGAAAAGAAGGGAAACGAGAAAACGCCCAGUGAAGUUAAGAUAAAUAUUGCUCUAAAAAAACUUCGCGACAAUGAUUUAAAAUUCGUUAGAGGAAGUUCAUUGCCUCUUACAGUCUGCCCAACUAUUGGUUCUACGGAAUUGCUGAAUAAAGCUGCCGAGAAAAUCGUAAAAUUUAACAGCGAUUUAACGUUUGGAGCGUUUAGGUUUACUCUAUUGUACCCAGAUCGAACCAAAGUUAUUAACCUACCUGGUAGUGAGGAACCCUUUACCCUGGAAAAAUACAAGAAAGAUAUUGGAAAAGCAUACACACGUUUGACGUUCUACAUUUGCAAGACAGAAGAUUAUUUGGAAUUUCUGUACAGGCCAUCAUACUGCAGUGACAGUGACCCUGACUUUGAUAUUAUAGACAAGGUAUUAAAUAAUUUAUAAUUUUAAUACAUAUAAUUUUUAUACAUUAACGGGAUGGGAUCACAGAGUACUUACAUACAGAAUUCUCACUUCAGGAUAAUUUAGCCCGUUUUAAGUCACCCCCCUGAAAAUGUAUUUGAAAUUUAAUGUUCCAGGGGGGUGAAUGCCUCUUGUUAGGGCACUUGCAAGAACAUGGUGUCAGUCUGGGACUGUGCACAAGCUAAAACUGCCAGCUAUUUUGGUAAAUUUUUACGACCUUUACGGUUUUCCCACAGAAGUGAGACUAGCUCUGUAAGUGAGGGAUCUGUGAUGGGAUGGUGGGUUUUUGGCUAGUGGUUUAUGGCAUCGCUCAGCAGGUAACGUUACUGUUAAUAAAUUGCCAAACUCUGGCACAGGAUGAAACUAUACAGUUCAUAUGACAAAUUUAUAACAAACCUUCAGACGUUCAGUUGAUACUUCAAGACGUUCAGUUGAUAUACUUCAAGACGUUCAGUUGAUAUUUCAAGCAAAGACCUUGUAAAGUUAACCUGAGUAAUUUACUAGAACUUUAUUCUGAAUCCUACUAUUAAAAUUAUCAACUUUCGAAACAAAAAUUACUCAAAUUACACACAAUAUACUUUUCUGUGUACUAAUGUUUCCUAUAUUCUCUUUUACAUGAAGUAUUAAACAUAAAGUAAACAAAAAAUCAUUAACAUAAAUUAUAAAAGUAUAUAAAAUGUCAAAACCUUUUCUACAGUACAGGCUAUUUUUCUGGGAAUUGGUAUUGUUUUACUGUUUAGUACAUAGCCCAAUCGGGCAUGACAGGAACUGGUGAAUCCAGCAUGUCAACUACUGGUGGACCCAGCAUGACAACAAUUGGAGAAUCCAGCAUGACACCAACUGGAAACCCCAGAAUAACAGCAACUGGUGAAUCCAAUGUGACAGCGAGUGGUGAAUCCAGAAUGACAGCUACUGGUGAAUCCAGCAUGACAACAAUUGGUGAAUCCAGCAUGACACCAACUGGAGACCCCAGUGUGACAGCAAUUGGAGAAUCCAGCAUGACACUUGAUAAUGGUGAAAUCAGCAUGACAACAUCUGGUGAAUCCAUCAUGACAACAUCUGGUGAAUCCAUCAUGACAACAACUGGUGAAUCCAUCAUGACAACAACUGGUGAAUCCAGCAUGACAACAACUGGUGAAUCCAGCAUGACAACAACUGGUGAAUCCAGCAUGCACACAACUGGAGAACCCCAAAUUUUUGUAGUGGACGAAGACGUAUCAGGAUCAACAACUGAAUGUAAGCCUGCAAUAUUAGCCCUUUUAGUUUAAGUGGCAAUGUGCUCUGAUAUGCCCUACUUUAUUAUUUACUUUGUGUUUUGAAAUUUGCCACUGUUUUAACAAUCACUGAUCUUGGCAGUAGAGUGACUUUGCAAUUAGGCACAUGCAAAUUGAUCAAAAUUUUCAUCUUGCAAAAACAGUGCUACAUGUAGUAUCACCAAAAUUAACAGACAAUAUAGCCCAUCUUAUGCAGAGGCAUGCUAAACUUUGGGGGGAUCCUGUAAGUUGCAGCCAGGCCUUAAGGGUAAUUUGUCCUCUUUGCUGCCCUGUUACUGUGAGUUUGAUGUUAAAGUGGUCAUAGAGGAAAAUGCUUCAAAUCAAUAAUUCCAUGCUUGCCCACUUGGCAUUAGGGUUUAAAAUAUAUUUAUAAUAUAGCGUUUGUAAAUUCUGAACGCUGAUUGGCUAAGAGCUGUGUUGAUAUAAUGUCAACACGGAAACGUCCGAAAAUUUCUUUCUUUAUGUUUCUUUGUGCUAUAUAUUAUAAAACAAAUAUAAAACAUUUUUUCUGUAUAUUGAUAUUAAAGUUAUAUCAACACUCGUGGAAAUUGGGAAAACGAGAAAUUAUGUGGAAACACAACGUAUAUCAACACGGAAAAUGUAUAACUGUAUAUCAACACGGAAAAUGUUUUAUAUUUGUUAUAUAUAUAUAUAUAUAUAUAUAUAAAUAUAUCUAUAUAUAUAUAAAUAUAUCUAUAUAUAUAUAUAUAUAUAUAUAUAUAUAUAUAUAUAUAUAUAUAUAUAUAUAUAUAUAUAUAUAUAUAUAUAUAUAUAUAUAUAUAUAUAUAUAUAUAUAUAUAUAUAUAUAUAUAUAUAUAUAUAUAUAUAUAUAUAUAUAUAUAUAAAUAUAAAUAUAAAUUUUUUUAACAGUUUCUACUGAAUCACUAACACUGAAUGAAGAAAUAGAAAGUCUGCAGAUGAUGUCGCAUGUCAAUUUUCAGAAUGAUGCCAUUUUAGGUAAAUAAUAACAUAUUAAUUAUGCUGUACAUUUGUCUAAACCCAAAAUUGAUAAAUAUUAUGUCCAAAAGUAAUCAUACAGUAUAAUAAUAUUUACUGAAUACAUAAACGUUUUAAGAAACAGUGAAUAUCAUACAAGCACAGGUUAUUAGUUGUAUGCGAGUCAAAUCCAACCGCAAUCACCCCCUUCCCUGCAACCCCAGGACAUUUGACUUAAGAUUACCUCCGUUUAGGCGAUAUUUGAUGGAAGUUUAUUCCGCCCGGUCGGGCAUUUGACCACUUGACAACAAUAUGCUCAGCGGUUGUCCUUUAAAAUAUGUGUACAGUUUAACGCUUCAGGAUCAAUAUUUAUGGAUACGAAAAUCUUAUAAGAACUUUUGUUCUGAAAUUAUUUUUUCAUUUGUCAUGAUUCCCAUCCUAGCUAAUAGUCAAUAAACGAUUGAUCAUAUCAGCAGCAAACAAUUUUUAUUUAAAGUGUCACUGUCAUCAAAAUUUUUAUUCUCUUAAAAUGAAAAUGCUCAGUAACUUGUUUUGAAAAUUUUAUGUUCCCAUGCUUAGUUCUUGAGAUGUUUCAUUUUGUUUGUAAUAAUAUGUUACUCUACUGUGAUUGGUUGAUUUCAGUGCAGUUAAUCCCAAACAACAGUGCAAUUUUCUGUAAUCACAGUGCAUGCAAUUUUCUGUAAUCACAGUACAAAAAUCUGUAACACACUAAUCUGAUUGGUGGAAAAACAUUGUGAUGAUUAAAUCAACCAAUCAGUUUAAAGCAAUUUAGUUUAAAGAAGUAACGGUCACAGAUUGCUUCAAAACAAAACAAACAUGGUGCCGCACUACACAAAGUAAAAGUUGCCUUCGCGUGGAAAAUAUGGCAUAAAAUGUGGCUUAUCUUUAUUUUUAAAUGGAAAAACAUUUACCUUAAACAAGACUAACAAAAAUUACAUAGUUGAGUGGAAUCUUCAAGCAGAUGCGUAGCCAGGGCUGGGGCCGGGGGGGGGGCGCCCCCCCUGGCAAUUCCCCCCCCACCUGGCUAAAUUUUGGGGCCCCCUGAUAAAAUGUAUUGUACUACAGUACUAGUAAGUGUACCUGUAAGGUAGGGAUUGCUGCGUGCAUCAACAGCAAAUAGAACUAAAAAUAGUACAAGUUACCUAAAGCAUGCCGUUAUUACUCGCAGCGAGCCAGCGACUUGUGAGCACUGUGGUCGGAGCUUAAGGAAUACGGAAUGGAUUCAUGCCAUCAGUGUCUGAGAAAAAGCAAUGCAUUUGUUGCCAAGACCAUGCACGGGUUCAAGAGCAAUCACAGAUUACAGAUAGGCGUGUUAAUGUUCAUGUUUAUGGAAGCAAUAUUCACUAAAUCAUAAGCAAGAAUAUAUAAUAUUUUCAAGAUCAAGUGGAAUUUGUUGAAUUUAAUACGCGCUGCUCUAGUACGCGUAUAAAUACAAACGACAAAGCAUUCUUAAGACGUACAGGUAUAACAGUCUAGUCCCUGGUCUUCCAAGCGCGGGCGAGUUACAGGCUGUCGUGAACUUGCGGGCUGUCAGUUUCGCAAAAUAUCCGAACAGCUUUAUCCAGGUCAACAUGCAAACCUUGUUCAAUUCCCCCUAAAAUAAUGAGGCGGAAGCGAGAAGGCCAGGAACUAGGCUGCAGGUAUAAAUUAUAUAACACAAGUUUUUGCUAUCUGAUUUCAUAUUAUUAAGUCUAAUACUGCUAGGCGCAUUUACCACAUCGUAUAAUUACGUAGGUGAUUAUUGAAAAUUCUCCACGCUAAUUGGUUGCCGUUGAGGCGAUUAUUACGCGAUAAUCACCUAAGCGAUUUUCAAAAUGGCGACCGAAGCCUUUUUGUCAAUUAAAUGACGAAGAAAUGUGUAUUUUCUUAUUUUUCCAAAUAGUCACCUAUGAAAUUACACUAAAACAAUUAUUCACCUCAGGCUCGGUGAUUAUCGUGAAUAAAAACCUCGACUUCGUCUCGGUUUUUAUUCACCAAUAAUCACCUCGCCUUCGGCAAAUAAUUGUUAAUUAAACUAAGAAACCAAAACUUUAUAAUUGAAAUUAAAAUAUAGAACUUACAGUGGUCAAAGUCCAUUGAGUGAACAACGCACGAAGUGCAGUCACGUUAUUUUAUACACUAAAUUGUGGCCUUUAUACAGGGCUUGAAACUUUACUAAACCUUAGCUGAGUGCCUGAGUCAAAAUAAUUUACAAGUCGAAGCAAGCAAAACAAUUAACAAUUAUUCGCCGAAGGCGAGGUGAUUAUCGGAGAAUAUUCGCCGAGACGAAGUCGAGGUGAAUAUUCCCCAAUAAUCACCGAGCCUGAGGCGAAUAAUUGUUUUAGUAUUUUUGCACAAGUUUUUUUGUGUUUUUCUUGUCUGAAUUCAUUUUAAUUUCGCUUAUUUCUUUAUCACUAACUUCAACAAAACGAUUAGCCGCCAUUUUGAAAAUUUAGAUUUUGUUAGUAUUCACCUGUAGGUGAAUAUAACAGAUUAAUACGUCAAAUUUGACCAAUCACCUUGUAGGAUUUGUUAUGUUCACUUGUGCAAAAAUACUAAUAAACGAUAUCCUUCAAAUACGCCACAAAUAUUGUAUGUCGUACGUUAUUUUGUGUUCUGCGCAUAGCAAGCGCACACGACCACAAUACAAUGCGCUAAACAAAAUUUACUUCAAAACCCCCUCUCUGCACAUAUUAGAAUGCUGCUUCGCUCGCUCGCUUCAGGCUCGCUCGCUACGCAGCAAUAAAAAAGGGAAUCCUUGAUUAUAUAGCUUCAAGUUGAGACCCGUCGGAAAAUUGUCAAUGUUGUCGGAAUCUUUGUGGUGAAGCAUCGGAAAAGUGAUAUGGAAAUCGGGAAAAGUGCUACAAAAGCAAUUGUAAUGUCUGGAAAAUUUUUUUACCAAAAAAGGUGUCGACGGGGGGGGGAGGGGUGGUCGGAGAGAUUUAAAAUGUUGUGGUCCGGAAUAUUUUCUUGGCCCCACCUGGGUUUUUGCUGGCCCCCCUGACCAAAAAUCCUGGCUACGCCUCUGUUUUCAAGCUGUUAGCGUUGUAUAAUGUGAUAUAACAAAGCCAGGAAAACUUUGCCAGUGGAAUGUUCGCUAUAUAAACGCGUAAGUUAAAACUACAAUUGUCUCGAGCAUUUUUAUGUAAAUAUUAAUAAGUAACAGCAUGGUUUCUCGUAAAAUUUGGAUAAACAAGCACUCGUGAGUUUUUCAAAGACCUCAAAUAGCACUCGUUUUUCGGACUCGUGCUAUUUUGAGGUAUUUGAAAAACUCACUCGUGCAUGUUAAUAUAUCCAAAUUGCACUCGAUAUAUAUAUAAUAAUAUAUCCAAAUUGCACUCUAUUACCUAUACUAAUUGAGUAAAUGACGCAUGGUUUCGAGUGCAAUUUGGAUAUAACCAUUCUCGUACCCAUAACCGGAUACCAUAAAAAUAUGGUAAGAAAACAAUAUCCGGUGUUAGAACUAGCCAAUCAGAUGCCAGUUCGGAAUAUGGAUUUGGCCAGAGCCCCUCGUCGCACCGCGCGUAAGAAGGGCUCUGGGUACGAGAAUGGGAUAUAACAUGCACGAGUGAGUUUUUCAAAGACCUCAAAUGUUUAUCCAAAUUUCACGAGAAACCAUGCUAUUACUUAUUAAUAAUUUACAUAAAAAUGUUCGAGACAAUUGUAGUUUUAACAUAGAAAUAUUAGACCUAUUCGACCUAUGUCUAUUAUUUCUAUGAGUUUUUAACUUACGCGUUUAUAGCGAACAUUCCACUGGCAAAGUUUUCCUGGCUUUGUUAUAUCACAUUAUACAACGCUAAAAGCUUUAAAAUUCCACUCAACUAUGUAAUUUUUGUUAGUCUUGUUUAAGGUAAAUGCUUUUCCAUUUAAAAAUGAAAAUAAAAGCCAUAUUUUCCACGCGAAGGCAACCUUUACUUUGUGUAGCGCGGCGCCAUGUUUGUUUUGUUUUGAAGCAAUCUGUGACCGUUACUUCUUUAAAUUAAAUUGCUUUAAACUGAUUGGUUGAUUUAAUCAUCACAAUGUUUUUCCACCAAUCGGAUCAGUUUGUUACAGAUUUUUGCACUGUGAUUACAGAAAAUUGCACUGUGAUUACAGAAAAUUGCACUGCUGUUUGGGAUAACUGCACUGAAAUCAACCAAUUACAGUCGAGUAAUAUCUUUAUGUAUAUUAUUGCUGCCGCAUCGAGGUCGCCUGAAGCGACCGAGCAAGGCAGCAGACCUAAUCUUUGAAAUGGGGGUUGAAAUCUGAAGUUUAACCAAGCGCGAUGCAUUAUGGUCGCCGGUAUUUUUUACCAUAAUGCUCUUCGGUCAGCUUCUUUAAUCCUUCACGUGCGUGUGAUGUUCGGUGAUGAACAAGUGUUUGCCGAGACAAGUUGUAAAUUCAAAGCGCUGUGACUGGGUUUCAAAGGCGAGCCUUUAUUAUAAAGGUUUUUGCUCUACUUCCAACAUUUAAUGUUAAUAUUAUAACAUCACUGUUGCUCUUUAUUGUGUCUAUAUAUUAUUGAGUGAAAUAUUCGACAUGAGCGCAAUUACUUAUACAGUAUCUCAGAUACAGUAUCUGAAUAUCUGAUACAGUAUCUGAGAUACACAACAACUACUGAUACAGUAUAUCAUUAUAUAUGUACUUGAGUAAAUGACGUCACAUGGUUACAAAAUGAAAUAACUUAAGAACUAAGCAUGGGAACAAGUUACAAUACAGUUUUAAAAGCAUUUUCGUUUAAUUAAUUAAGAAAAGAAAAUUUUUUAUGACAGUGCGACUUUAAAGUGUUAUAGUUCGUAAGUCGGAAUUAGAAGCCGUUGAGUGAACAUGUACUGUACAUCCUACUUUCAAUUACGUAAUUUCACGGUAUGAAAAUAUGGCGUAAUUUAUAAUUCAUUUCCCGUAAAUGGUUUUGUUUUCACAGGCACAAAUGGAGACGGCUAUUCGUUUAUUGACGUUACUUCGAACGUAAAAGAGUGUCCAAUUUAUUCUGUCGUUUGGCACAGGACACUACUGAAAAAUGACAUGAUAGCAACAUUUAAAGAGCAGGGAAUAUUUCACAUGAACUUAGAUGUGACGUUUAUUGGCUAUAAUGGAAAGAUGGAAGAAGGAAAAGGGGAAGGUGUCUUCCGUGAUGCACUCUCAACAUUCUGGAACCAGUUUUUCAACUCCUUGGCUGUUGGAGCACAAGAAAAGAUUCCUUCUAUAAGGCAUGACUGUCAGAAGGAGGAAUGGGAGGCCAUUGCUCGUAUAUUAGUAUAUGGGUAUAUAAGGAACAGGUAUUUUCCAUUGUCACUGUCACUAGGUUUCCUCAUUGUGUGCUUGUUUGGUGACGAUAGUGUUUCUAGUGAAUUUUUGCUGUCAUGUUUCCGCCAGCAUCUCUCAGAUGACGAGAGAGACACCUUCGAUAAAUGUUUCGAAGACGAUUUUGACCCAAAUGAUGACGACGUGAAGGAUUUUUUGAGUUACUAUAAGUGUUUUCGAAAUCACUCGAAAGAAAAUAUACGCCAGAUUAUUUUCGAAAUUGCUCAUCAAGAGAUCAUUCAAAAACCGAGGUACAUAUUAAAUUGCUGGGCCCCUAUUGUUAAAUCCUUGAAAAUUCUUCCAGAUUUUCAGUCCGUCAAAGAUGUGCAACAUAUGUAUGACGCCAAGAGGCCAACCACUAAAAAGGUUUUAAAAUUAAUUCAGUCGGAGCCAGCGUCAGAUAAGGAACGACUGUGCUUAGAUCACUUGAAAAAGUAUAUUCGGUCAUUGCAGGGAAAUUUUUUACCCCUAUUUUUACAGUUUGUCACUGGUAGUGAUGUCAUAUGUUUUCCACACAUCGAAGUAACGUUUAGUGUGCUGGAUGGGAAAACACGUAGACCUGUGGCACAUACAUGUGGGCCAUUGCUGGAAAUUCCUUCAACUUACCAAUCGUAUAACGAGCUCUCAGAAGAAUUUAGUGAGUUGCUUUCUAAUAAAGAUGCAUGGCACUUUAAUAUAGUGUGAUGAAAGCGGUUAGGUUAAGAAAUGCUAAACAGUCCUUUCACGAAAAAGCUUGUGUUAUUAACAGCAUAUAUAUAAUGUCAAAUAUAUAAUGCGGACAUAAUUUUGUUACGAUUUUCAUUAUGUUUAUAUUCAUAUUUUGUCCGAUACUCGGCAUGUCUGCUUCACAACAACUGACAAUGAAAUGAACAGUUCUUGAGCACGGGCCUUUAUAUUUUACUAUACUUUCAGGCCCUGUUUACACUAUACCGGAUUCGCUGGUCACGACAUCUUCUUUUGCCGUUACGGAGCAAUAGUUAGUGGCGAAUGCUUAUUAGUUUGACAGAAUUGGCAGGCAUGUUUAUUUGUGUCUCUGAGAUUAAAUUAAAAUAUUCACAACCUUUCGAUACCUACAAAAUUUGACCCACUCCGAUAGCAAUCCGGUAUAGUGUAAACCGGGUCUCAAUUUGGGCUAAUAGAAAAUUGUCGAAAUACCUGCGUCUGCGCAUGCGUGAGAACUUAAAUGGCGGUAAACGUACAUAGGUAAUUUCAAAAUGCUACUUUUUUUAAAUCGCUGGCUGUAAUUAUUUCUAGUGCGCAAAACAUGUAGUCAUUUGUUCUCAGUUCUACAAGAAGACACACGCGGAUAAUGCCAAUAACCGUCAAUGUUGACGUUUGCGCAGACGUUGGUCGUCAAUUGUAAAAUCAUUGGGUUUAUUGUUGAGUUGUUGAUUUAAUAAAAUUUACUUUAUUGAUGUUCUGUUACAAUUAAUUCUUGAUAAAAACUGCUUGUCCAAUUCAUUUAUUACUCGUUUUGUAAUUGCACUAAUCUUUGAUAUAGUGUCAUGGCUUCUCCUUCAUUUAUUGGAUAAGAUAAACCUUCUGUUUCCAACACAUAAACAAAAUAUUCAUGAUGUAUGUUCUCGCCUAAUUCCUGUAUCUCGCAAUGCUCCUCCAUUGAAUCUAUCUGUUCCUGCGACACAUCUACCAAACAUUCAUCAUUUCCAUGGUAUUCUGGCAGGAAAUACAUAAUAUCUGGCACUCCAUGAACAAUACUGUAUGGGGAUUUGGUAAUUUUGUGGCUGUUCCAAUGUUCUUUGACUUUGUCCAAAUCAUUCUGCAGAACCUUUGAAAAGCAAAACCACAAACAUUCAACAUGAAAUUCGUUGCCCAAAUCAAGCAUAUCGUAGUCAAUCAUGUCUUUGAAUAGGUUUAUCCACCAGUUCGAUCUGUGUCUCCUAAAAUAGGACCACCAUGCUUCUAUACGUUGGUUGGAAGGGGAAGAGCUAUACUUAUGGGACCUGUCACCUGCUAGCUCAUCAUUGCCGUUUUGACGAAAGAAACACUGCAUAGAAGCAGCAAUGCCAUUUUCUGUACCACAGUCAGAUAUAAGUUGUAAAGGACACCCAUUCAUCUCCUUAACUUGAUUUAGAUAGAACGUUGCUGCUACUUUGGGAUUAUUGUUAGAUCGGGAGACUUCCAGCCAUAGAAUCCUACGACUAUAUCCGUCAACAGCACCAUGAAUGGGAAAGCCGUAUGGCUUUAGCUUGUCGUACCCUGUUAAAUUACAUAGUAUGAAAUGAACAAAUGGUAUACAAAAGAAACUAUGUUUAGAGUAGUAACUGGCAAAUUUUGCAUUGAAAAGUGGGGUUCAUUGCCAUAGUACGUGUGAUAUGCUUACUUGAGGUUGCAUGAAGACUGGCACUCCGAGAUUGCCUGUCAUUGUCAGCAUGCGCGUUGGAAAUCAAUAGGGAGAGUUAAAACAUAACUGUGACAAUAAAAUAUUCGCAUUUUUGUCUCCUUAAGCAGCAAUUUCGAUCGAAUGCAUUGAAUAGGAAGCACGAUAGUUCAUUGUUCACUAAUAUUAUAAAAGUUAUUCGGUGGAUCCAAGCAAACAUUUUGACCUCUCAGCUUUGUCUUGUCCAUCCUCACUUAACAUUUAAAGAGAAGGGGGCUAAACAAUGUGCAGUGUUUUGGAGGCCUUUAUGGUCAAUUGGUAGUAACCAAGGAGAUGGGCUUCAUUUAAGACCCAUAUGAAUAAUUUACAAGCUAUAUAUACUUUGCAGCUGACUCUAUUAAACUUUUCUGAACCCUUUUGACAAUCGUGGCCCCUGCGUAUUUCGCCCCAACCCACCGAACCAAGUCAUCUUACCAACAGCCCAUCUCUGAAUCUUGAAUAGCGGACUAGAAUUAGUGAGGUUUAGAUUUGAGUUCCACUACCGUUAACUUUCACUGACACUAUGCACUGAUUAAGUGCGCAUGUGAUUCGUGAAUAGGAUAGAUUAAACGCGUCUGACGGUUAGUGGCCCCUCAAUGGUAGCGGUGCUAUGGUAGCGGGAGGGGUAGUGGAAGUCAAAUGCAAACAUUAAGCUGGAGUAAUACGAGCAACAAAAUUGCUGCAACUUGCAACAAAAUCUGAUUUCAACGCAUGUUAAGCAGAAAUGUUGACACGCGUUGCCUCGCGAAUUGUAAUUUAUGUGAAAAUAUUUUCAAUUAACAUGCGUAGAAAUCAGAUUUUGUUGCAAUUUUGUUCUCUUAUUACUCCACCUUUACUAAUGGACGACUUGCGCUUUAGACUAAAUUUUAAUCUAAGUAAGAACAACGAAAUCUAUCACCACAGCUAGAAAGAGCGUCUUGGAAUUAGUAAUAUUACAAAGUUUGGUUGCGAAAUGUUGUAAAAUACGGAAAAUAUAGCCCUUCAAAGUUGGCAAAUUUGAAUACUUUUGUAUUACGUGCGCGAAUUGGUAACUAAAUCAGUUACCAAUUUCCGCACGUAAUAGAAAUGUAUACAAAUUUGCC